CUACGUGAAAAGAAUGUUGAAAAUUCCCAAGUACUUCCCCGAACUUCACCUGUUUCUCUUACCAAUGAUUGCCUGUAUGAUUGAUGCUAGAUUGAGAGGGAGGAUGGAAGGGUGAGAGGGAGAAUGGACAGGAAAUUUGAGGAACAACAUCUAAUGAGAAAAAAUGAGGAAGUUUAUAAUCAGAGUGCACGGGGAAGAGAGAAAAGGUUGUACGAAGCAUCUGUGGAUGGAAGCGUGAAUUCCUUGAAGCAGUUGAUGGCGGAAGAUCCACUCACUCUAGCCCGAGCUUCAGUCACUUGCUUUGAUGAGACUCCACUCCACAUAGCCGCCAUGCUUGGUCACCUUGACUUUGCAAAAGCACUUGCUUCUCACAAACCAGACAUGGCCAUGGCGAUAGACUUGCAGGGGCCUUCACCUUUGCACUUGGCCUCUGCCAAUGGCCAUAUUGAGAUUGUUAACAUGUUGCUGUCAUUGAAUUCCAAUAAAUGCCUCAUCUACGAUGAGGAUGGAAGAACACCCCUUCAUCUGGCGGUGAUGAAGGGCCACGUUGAGGUCACAAGGGAGUUGGUUAGGGCCCGACCAGAAGUCACUGGGCACAAAUUGGAUCACGGGGAGACCAUUCUGCAUUCUAGUGUGAGACAUAAUCGUUUAGGAGCCCUGAAGAUGUUAGUUGAAUCAGUAAGGAAGGCUGAGUUCAUCAAUGCCAGUGAUGAUUAUGGCAACACUGUU